CACUAUAAAAAAUAUAUAAUCAUCUAGAAAAUGCUGACUAAGCAAUGAUAUUAAAACACCAUUAUCCAAAAACAAGAAAACAACGAUAAACUUACCUUUUUACACGGCCAACAAAAAACACCAAAACAGUGGGAAAACUCGAAAAAACAAAACCAAACUCCAAAAACAAAAUACCAAAAAAAAACUGUCCCUUUCUCAUUUUCCUCACACUUUCCUCUUUUUAUUAUUCUUCCCCAAUUCCUUCUAUUUCCGCGUUCAUCUUUUCAAUUAUAAACCCUAAUAUACACUAUCACUUUGAUUAUUCUACUACCACUAAAAUUAUACUUUGAAUUUGUCCGAAUUUCUUUUUUGUUUUUUUGAUGUGACCACAAUUUUAUUUUAUUUAUUUAUACUUAAUUUUAAUUAUGGCUGAUAACAACAUCAAUGGAGAAGAGAAAUUGAUAGCAGUUGCUCGUCAAAUUGCAAAAUCUCUCGGUCAUUCCAAUUCUAUGACCGACGAUAUUUUCAACAUUUUCUCCACUUUCGACGGUCGAUUUUCUCGCGAUAAAUUAUCACCGCUUUCCGACAAUAUGUUGCCGGAAAACCACCCUAAAUCCGUCGAUAAACCGUCGUCGGCGGUUGCUACCUUGGAAGAAUGCUUAACUUCACUCGAAGCUCAGAUCUCUCAUUCUCUCUCCUCUGACCGUCCACUAUGGUUUGACCCUACCGAUUCCUCCGCCUUCCUCGAAGUUCUCGACGAGCUGAUCGCAACAAUCCGCGACUUCGCUCCUCUUGCGCGCGACAACAAGGCGCUCGCCGUGACGCUGGAUCGCGCAGAUGAGCUGCUACAAUCGGCGAUUUUCAAGCUUGAGGAAGAAUUUCGUGGCUUGAUUCAACGAGGUGCUGAUUCCUUCGAUUUGACUCGUGAAUCGUCGGAUUCCGACUCAGAAGACGGAGGAGGUUACGGCGGAGAUGAUGGCGGAGGUGAGAUUCCGGUGGCACAUCCGGUGACGGAUUUUAACAUCGUUAUCGAUGCUUUACCGGCGUCGACGAUCAACGAUCUCCAUGAAAUUGCGAGGCGAAUGGUGUUGGUGGAGUACGGAAGAGAGUGUUCGCACGUGUACAGCGCGUGCCGGAGGGAGUUUCUAGAAGAGAGUUUGUCGAGGUUAGGGUUACAGAAAUUGAGCACUGAUGAAGUCCAGAAGCUUCCAUGGCCGGAGCUUGAGGAUGAGAUUGAGCGGUGGUGUAAAUCGGCGGUUUUCUCUCUUCGGAUUUUGUUUCCUUCUGAAAGGCGUCUCUGUGAUCGUAUUUUCUUCGGUUUUCCGUCGACUUCUGAUUUUGCUUUUAUGGAGGUUUGCCGUGGUUCGGCUAUUCAGCUGUUGAAUUUCGCCGAUGCGGUCGCGAUUUCGAGCCGGUCUCCGGAGAGAUUGUUUAAAGUGCUUGAUGUUUAUGAGACUUUGAGGGAUUUGAUUCCGGAGUUUGAGAUAUUGUUUUCUGAUCAGUAUUGUGUUUUUCUGAGGAAUGAAGCUGUGGCAAUUUGGAAGAGAGUUGGGGAAGCAAUUAGGGGGAUUUUUAUGGAAUUGGAGAAUUUGAUUAGGCGUGAUCCGGCGAAAAACCCGGUGCCUGGUGGCGGGCUUCAUCCGAUUACUAGAUAUGUGAUGAAUUAUAUUCGAGCUGCGUGUAAGUCGCAGCAGACGUUGGAGCAGGUGUUUGAGGAGGAAAGGGAACGAGGGAUGUCGGGGAUGAGCUCGUUGUCGGUUCAAAUGGCGUGGAUUAUGGAGUUAUUAGAGAGUAAUUUGGAGGCAAAAUCAAAGACUUAUAAGGAUGCUGCUUUGAGUUCUUUGUUUAUGAUGAAUAAUGGGAGGUACAUUGUGCAGAAGGUGAAGGAUAGUGAGCUUGGGUUGUUGUUAGGGGAAGAUUGGAUUCGAAAACAUAGUGUGAAAGUUAGGCAGUUUCAGAUGAAUUAUCAGAGGAAUACUUGGAAUAAGGUGGUUGGGGUUUUGAAGGUGGAUAAUGGAGGUGGGAGUAAUGCUAAUGGAGGCCAGAAUUCGAGGCCGUUGAAGGAAAGAUUUAAGAUGUUCAAUGCUUACUUUGAGGAGAUAUUGAAGAUUCAAUCUUCGUGGGUUGUGUUUGAUGAUCAAUUGAGGGAGGAUUUGAAGAUGUCUGUUAUUCAAAAUCUGUUGCCUGCUUAUCGGAUAUUCAUUGGAAGGUUCCAGAACUCUGCAGAAGCAGGAAGGAACCCUGAGAAACAUAUCAAGUAUAGUGUGGAGGAUGUUGAGGCUCAGAUUAACAAUGGGCUGUUUCGGGGUAAUAGUAAUGGUGGAAGGAGAUGAAAGACGGUGAUGAAUUGAUGAGCAGAAAAUGUUGUUUGUAACUUUGUAGAACAGUGUAAGCAAGUUUGUAUCGAUUUAGAACAAUGUAUCAAUUUAUGAAUAUGUGAAUUGAAAUGGUAGGUCUUCCAAAAUUUUGGUGAUCAAUUAGUUGUUUCCCCACUGUGGAGUGUAAAAUUUUGGCGUGCUGGUAGAUUUUCCACUGGGGUGUAUAGAUGUGUGAUUUGGCCCUUAUGUACUACUUAACCUUGUGUGAAAGCCAAAUUUUAUUCUAUAUCAAUUUCCUAUUUUCACAAAGGACUUGUUGAUCAUUUUUAUA